AUGCAAUAUCCAACGAUGGAUCGCGCUUCUGCUUUUGCUCUUGGUCUUUUACCAAAUUUUGCUCCUGAUGCUGUUAAAGUUGUUAUCAGACUGGGUGAGAAAAUGUACGAAACCGCUAAAAAUGCUAAAGCAAAUAAAGGUACAUGUUUGCAAUUAGCUAUGCACGCUUGGGAGUCAAUUGAGAUCUUAUUGUACAUUCUCGGAGUUUCAGUACCAAGUCCUGCGUUUGAUCGAGCUGUUGAUACUUUAACGGACACUCUUUCAACUGGAGUUGAUCUUUUGAAAAAAUAUGUUGACACAACACCAAUUAUUCGAACAAUUUUAAGUAAUCGAUUCAAAAAACAAUUCGAUGAUUAUGAACAACGGUUGAAUAAUCAUAAAGAUCGACUUUUAUUUGCAAUGGUUGCUUAUACUUUUGGAUGGUUAAAUAAAAUUCAAACUCGACAAGGAAUUACUUUACCAUUAGUUGAACAAAAAAAUCAGACAACAUAUUAUCCAACAACACAAACACGAUUUCUGAAUCUUUCUUAUUGA